GGACGGGAGGGAAGCUAGGGGCCGUAGAGAGGAUGCUGGAGGGUUGCAAGGGGAAGGCGGGGACCCGCAGGAGGCGGCAGGUAGGAGGUGCGGGGGGCCGGGGGCUGCCGGGGCGGAGCCGCGGGGGCCCCUCCCGACGGCCCUUAUAAACCGGCGGGGAACGGGCGCGGGGCAGCGAUCGCUGGGGCACCCGGGGCCGGGGUGCGCCCUGCCCGGCGGGAUGGCGAGGGGGCAGCUCUCGGGGGGUGCCUGGGGGGCCCUGGUGCUGCUGGGGCUGAUGCUCCCGGCGGCACCGGCGGGCGCCUGGUACAAGCACGUCGCCAGCCCCCGGUACCACACGGUGGGACGCGCCUCGGGGCUGCUCAUGGGCGUCCGCCGCUCCCCGUACCUCUGGCGCCGGGAGCUGCCGGCCGAGCUCCCGCGGCGCCCCCCGGGACCGGCCGCUGCCCCGCAGCUGCCCCCGGCCCGCCCCGACGGGGAGAGCGCCCCUCCAGCCCCGCCGCCCCUCGGCCCCGGCCCCGGCCGCCUCCUGCAGCGCCUGCUCCGGCGGGGAUGGGGCUGGGGCGGCCCCCGCCCGGCCCCCGCCCGGGCUCCACCAGGUUCAGGUAACCCCGGUCCUGAUGGGCGGGCGGGGGGCGGCGGGGACGGGCACCGAAGGUUGCUUUUGAGGGCAGCCACUGCCCGGAGUGCGGGCGUCGUGGGGCGGUGUGGCUGCGGCACCGCGGGGUUCACCAGGUAACGGGGGUGCGCGGAGCCUUG